CAGUAGCACAUUUAUCUUUAACAGAAGGAAGUUGAACUUGCAAUGUUGAAUUUACGUAACUGAAAACAAUUUACACUUGUGUGUGUGUUUUUCUCAAUAUGCCUUUCUGCAAGGACUGGUAUCUGUUUUAGAACUGCAAGCCUGUCUACACUUCUAUGAACACAGAAUGUCUGGCAAUGAAGAGUGCAGCUUGGUGUGCUGGAUCCAAUGGAUAGUCUACAUCCCAACAUUUGUUGUAGGCCUUGUAUUCAAUCUAUCUGCACUUUGGAUUCUGCUUUUUAAAAUACGAAAAUGCACGGAAUCCACAGUUUAUCUGGCAAAUCUCAUUUUAAAUGACUCCUUUUUGCUAUUCUCCCUGCCUUUUAAGAUCCAUUCUUACAAAUACAACUGGGUACUGGGGAACACCCUGUGCUCGUUCUUGGAGAGCCUGCUCUAUGUGAACAUGUACGGGAGCAUUCUGCUCAUAACAUGCAUUUCAGUUGAUCGCUACAUCGCCUUAAGACAUCCUUUCCUGGCAAAAACCCUCCGUUCACCUCAAAAGGCUGCCGUCGCCUGUUUCACAAUAUGGAUUGUCAUUUUUGGAGCUAGCGUGGAAGUAUACAACCUUCACGAAAAGAACGCCACCUACUGUUUCCGAGGUUUUUCAAAUAGAACCUGGGAAAAAGUACACAUAGUGGUCGUGAUGGAGACCGUGUACACUGCCAGUGCCCUCAUCAUGAUCUUCUGUUCGAUCCAGGUCAUCAGAACUUUAAGAACAAUGAGGAAAAGGAAAGCAGAGGUCCAGACAUUAAAGAAUAACAAAUCAGUUAAAAUUGUUCUCUCUAACCUUGUGACAUUCUUGGUAUGUUUCACACCAUAUCAUAUUGCAGCACUUGUGUAUUUCAUUGCAAAGAAGAAAGUUACAGAAUCGAUUCAACCUCUCCGGGACUUCGUUCACCUUAGCAUUUGUCUAACAAGCAUCAACUGCCUAUUUGAUGCAAUAUGCUAUUACUUUAUUUUUAAAGAGAACUGGAUAUCUGCUAAACAGGCAAAUGAACAGGAACAACAAUGCAUGAAGAAGUCAGAAAACAUUCCUACUGUCAUUGCACAAACUACCAGAUAAGCCCACAGUGGUUAAGGACAACUAUUAAGGACAGACCAAAGACUACAUUUGUUUGGCUACUAGAUAAACUAACGGUGGCAAAUCCAAAUAAUGGAAUGAUGCCACAGAUUCUUAUUUUUCCACUAAAGUGAUAACUGACAUUUUACAAUGAAGACGAUUGUGUGUGGAUUUGAACAUGACAGUGCAUGAAUGCAAAAAACAGCAGCAGUGAAAAAUGAGAAAAAGAACAAUAAAGGGUAUUUUCUCACCGG